AUGACUAAACCAACAGAAGAAGAGAUCCUUCAAAGACAAAAGGAUAAGGAAACUCAUGAAGCCAAAAGGAAAGAAUUGGGGAUAAGUAAAAGUCAAUAUAAGAAGAUUCUCAAACAAGAACAAUUUGAAGCAUCUAAAACCGAAUACCGUAAGAUUCAAAGAGAUAAACGAAAGAAGAGAAAAAAUGAUGAUGAAGAAAGAAAACCCAAAGAGAAGAGACUUAGAGUCGAUGAACAAAACCCCACAGGAGUCAAAUUCAUAGUAGAUUGUGAAUUUGAUGAUUUAAUGAAUGACAAAGAAAUCAAUUCCUUAUCUAAUCAGAUAACACGAAUCUAUAGUUCCAAAAGAAUUUGUAAAUACGACUUACCAGUAACGGUGACAUCUUUUGGAGGCAAGUUGCAAAAGAGAUUCGAGAAAGCUAUAGAACAUUAUGUUGGAUGGAAAGAUUUCACUAUAACACCUGAAAGCCUCCAACAAUUGAAAGAUGAUAAUGACAAAACUGGUAAGUAUGGAGAGUUGAUAUAUUUAACGGCCGAUACAGAUGAAGUCAUAGAGACCUUGGAAGAUGAUAAAACAUAUAUUAUUGGAGGUAUUGUCGAUAAGAAUAGACACAAGAGUUUAUGUGUCAAUAAAGCCAAACAAUUAGGAUUGAAAGUAGGUAAGUUGCCUAUUGAUAAAUACAUUGAAAUGAAUGCUCGUCACGUGUUGGCCACAUCUCAUGUAUAUGAAAUUUGUUGUAAAUGGUAUGAAUUAGGAAAUUGGAAAGAUGCUUUCAAUGCUAUACUUCCUAAGAGAAAAUUAAUCCCAAAGAAAAGAGUUAGAGGGGGUAAGAAACAAGAUAUCUCCACGGAAUCACCCGAGUCUACAGAAUCUCCUGCCACGAAUUCUAAUGAAGAAACUAAUCUAUCAUCCGACCAACUUUCAGAUGUUCCAAGUUCUUAG